UCUGUCUGUGUCUCAGUGUCUCAGUGCCAGACUGCAGCAGUGUCUCUCUUCUGUUCUCUCCCGCAGCUGAAGUUCGCUCUGUCACGCCGCCGUUUGUCUCGUAUUCGGAAAUAAAUUCCUGUCCAUGGUUGUGACUGGAACCACAAAAAUGUCCCGAGCCGACGAGGUGCACCGCAUAACGGAGAAUGUCUACAAGUCCAUCAUGGAGCAGUUUAACCCAUGCCUGAGGAACUUCGUAGCCAUGGCCAAGACGUACGAGAAGGCUCUCUCUAGUGUGACAUUUGCAGCAAAAGGCUACUUCGACGCCCUGGUCCGGAUGGGUGAACUGGCCAGCGAAAGUCACGGCUCUAAGGACCUUGGGGAUGUACUUUUUCAAAUGGCUGAAGUCCAUAGACAGAUCCAGAUGCAGUUGGAAGACAUGCUGAAAUCUUUCCACAAUGAGCUCCUGACAGAACUGGAGAAGAAGGUCGAGCUGGAUGCACGCUACCUAAAUGCUGCUUUGAAAAAAUACCAGAUGGAGCACCGGCGCAAAGGAGAAAGUCUGGAGAAGUGCCAGGCAGAGCUGAAGAAACUGCGGCGGAAAAGCCAGCAGGGCAGCAAGACCGCACCCAAGUAUAGAGAUAAUGAGAUGCAGUACGUGGAGGCCAUCAGUAGCAGGCAGAGUGAGCUGGACAGCCACAUCGCCGAAGGCUACAAAAAUGCCCUGACCGAGGAGAGGAGGAGGUACUGCUUCCUGGUGGACCGCCAGUGCGCCUUGGCCAAGAGCGCCAACACCUACCACACCAAGGGUAAAGACCUGCUGAUGCAGAAGAUCCCGAUAUGGCAGCAGGCAUGUUCUGACCCUCAUAAACUCCCAGACCGAGCUGUUCUCCUUGCACAGCAGAUGAGCUUGGGGGAGACACUGGGUACCGGACAACAGCAUGUCUCUAAAUCUAACCUGGUGAUCUCAGAUCCCAUACCAGGAGCCAAACCUUUACCUGUUUCACCUGAACUGGCUGCUCUCAUGGGCAACCAACGGAGGAUGAUGGGAAUGGAUAGUGUUCCAAUGUUGAAUGGAACGUCUGGGGCACGGGGAGGAGAGGACUACCAGCACUGGGUUGAUAGCCAAGCUGCACAGGCCAAAUCAGCCUCAACGCAGGUCUACUCUAACACACUGCCUGUGCGUAAAGUGGCACCCACCAAGAGCAAGAGCACUCUGGCAGAGACACAGACGCUGCCUAGGUCGAGCUCAGUGGCGGCUGGCCUGGAGAGGAAUGGGCGGACCCGUGUCCAAGCAAUCUUUUCACACUCAGCCGGAGACAACACUACACUGCUCAGCUUCACUGAAGGCGACAUUAUCACACUGCUGGUGCCCGAGGCCCGGGACGGGUGGCACUAUGGAGAGAGUGAAAAGACAAGGAUGCGAGGAUGGUUCCCCUUCUCUUACACCAGAGUGAUCCCUGAGACAGACGGCAGCCGACUCAGUGUCAGUUUUCAGCAUGGUAGGAGCUCCAGCACAGGAAAUCUUCUAGAUAGAGAAUCAGUGGUCCUGCCGACUCCCGAUUAUGGCUCCACCUCUCAGCUAAUGGCACAGAGCGCCUCACUGAGCAGACAUCAGAGAACAUACAGCAUGGCAACACCAGGAUUCUCACAGCAAGGGCAUGACGGUUACGAGCCCCGAUUUCCAACAAGUUCGGAGGUCAAAUUGAUAUCGACAGUGUGAAAGGACAGACACACAGACACCAUCCGUCCUUCUCCCCUCACUCCCUCACUCGGUUGUUUCCCUCACUCGUCCAUCCACCUUUUCACCUACCAAAGAAGAGGAGAAACACUCACCUUCCCUUACCCUCCUAUCACACCACUCAUUAGCUCCUAUAAAUCUCCACAGAACAGAAAUGCAGAACACUCUGGCUUUUUCAUUCUCACAACUCUUCAGUGUUGAGGACAUCUGGUCUAUUUUUAAUGAGCUCCCUGAAAUGGACUCGGUUACAUACAGUGUUUAUGUAACUCUUGCUUUUCUGUCAUGCACAUUUGAAAGUGCACAUUUCUUUGGGUUACAGAAAUGGGUCUAAAAAUCGAUAAAUGGAUUGCAGAUUAUGCUGCAGUAAUGUGUGUCUGCUUGACCCUUCACAUUUUUACAUUUUAAGAAAAUGAAGAGUUCGUUCACUUUUUUUGUCAGCUUUUCUAGUUACAAAAUAGUUUUAAAAAAUUGAUAUAAUCCUCACAGUCAUUCAGUGUCUGUUCUUUUUAUUGCACUUAGCAUUUAGGAUGUUCUGUGGAUGACAGCUCAUUCUUUAUUUGUGCUCAAAUGAGUUUACAAAAUCAUUGACAGAAUGAAUAACAGAAAUUGGUAGCACAUUGUGUCUUCAUAUGACUAUGUCUGUCUUCAUAUGGCUGUAUUUGAAACAACAAGUAGAAUGUCCAAGAGUCUGAGUCGAGUCUGACAGCAUCUAAAUUCUAGCAGUUCCCAAAUCCCAUUACAGACAUAUCACAGAACAUAAAAAUACAGACCUGUCUCUGUACCUGUCUAGCUUCACACAUCUAACAUCGCCAUCAGACUCCUAACAGCAAUCAAAGGCGAAAGCAUAUUUUCGUGCCUCUUGUACAUAUAUUUAAAUUUCAAUAAGAAUGUAAGGGUGGUGGCACAGUGGUUGUGUUGCUUCCUUAUGGCUCCAAGGUUUCACCCUAAACUCAGGCUACUGUCUGUUUGAGUUCUCAAGCAUCACAAAAACAUUCUAACAUUUUAAUUGGCGACUUUAAAUUGCACAGAAAUAUAAAUUUGUGUAUGGUGUCCAACAAUAGACUGGUGAGAAACACACAAAAUGGUUCCUAAAGAUAUAUAAAUGAAUAAGCAAGAUUUUUUUUUCUUGCGCAAAGUGUUCAUUGGUUCUCAUGCUCUGUUAUAUUUGUUCUUGAUUAAUGUGUCCUGUAUUUGUCCUUCUGUGCUGAAAGUAAUCUGUACCGAACGCAAAUGAUGGCAAUAACUGAACUAAUUAAAAGUGGGUCGAAAGAUAGGUAAAAUGUGAUAUUCUUUUUAUUUGAUGGUGUAACAUGAAUGCAGUCAAUCUUACCCUUCUAGCAGGUGCUCGAGCCUUCCCUUAGUUCAUGUGAGGUGUUGGUAUAAUUAAAAAAUUCUUCUUGCCCACAAUUCACUGUCUGAGUAACGAAUGAAAAAUGAUGUUAUGUGUGUUUUGUUCUCUGUUGUACCGAGUAGCCAAGUAACGAGCUAUGCAUUUUAAUACACUGUUCUGAUCAUUAGCAUUUUUUAACGUUCUGCCCUUGUCCAUAUUGAGAGCAAUCACUGCGGCUGUUAACCAGAUCCUCCACUCUCACUGUGACAGCGUUUGUCAUUUCAAGAAGUAAUUUUAUUUUUAUUUUUUUUGCUUGAAGCAGCUCAUGACUGUUCAUGCCUCCCAGCGGAAAUUAAGUAAAGUGUUGCACUUUAGAAAACACUCUGCAUCUGAAAAUCUUUUUUUUUUCUACGUUUUUUUCCCAGUGGCUGCAUCUGUCUCUCUCCUCCCAUUGUCCUCUCACCUCGUCACUUGUCUUUAUCUGUGUGUGACAAAUCUAAGCACUUUUUUCCUUUUUUCCCCCCAACCCUGUCCGUCUCUGUUUUGGUAAAUUUAGACACAAAAGCAGUAAGGGGUCAACGACUGGAAGCUGCCAGUGCUUCUUCUUUCUGCAUUAGAAUAAAGCCGAGGCAUGACUGCCACGUUCUUCUCAGUCCUGGUGCCCAAAUGGAAAAGCUCGAUCUACUCAGUCUGUCUUUGUGCUUUGGAAUGUUAACACUUGGAUGUAAAGAUCUAAAAAAAAAAAAACCUAAAUGAGUAUUCAUAUUUAAAUAAAUAGAUAAUUGCAGUAAAUCCUCAACAUUAUACAAAUAAAAUAUAUUGUAUAUAUACAUGCAUGUAUUUUGGGGAACACCAAAAACAGUGUAUUGUUGCAGCAUAACCUCAAAUGUAUGGUGACUUUCUACUUCGAAAACCUGAAUAAAACUCUGUAUUGAGACGAGAGCAUGGAGUCAUUCCUCAAGCUGUCUUUGAUUACCUCAUGUCUUUACUCACGUCUUCAUAGACAUGUUUGUUUAUUGUUAUAGUAAUUG